AAAUGAUAAAGAAGUAUUUUAGCUUUGAUUUUCAGGUAAUAGGAAAAGUAUAGGGUAAUGUAGAUAAUAAUUACAAAAAGGUGUAUACUUUAGAAAAUUUACAAAAGAACAAGGAACUAGUUUGGGUUUGGUAGGAUGGGUAGAAAAUUAAAAAGAUGGAUCAGUUAAAGGGGUAGUUUAAGGUGAUUAAAAAAAAUGCGAAGAAAUGUAAAAAAUUUAUGAUUUGUUACAUUCUUAGGAUUCAUUGGUUGUCAAAUAUAGGAUCUCCAAAAAGCAAGUAUUUUUGAUUUUUUGAUAAAAUAAUAGAAUCGAGAAAAUGAUUAAAACAAAUGAGAGAGAAAUUGAUAAAUUAUAAUUUAAAGAUUUCUCAGUAAGAGAUGAUAAAAAAUAGAAGUGAUUUUAUAAUAUAAUAU